AUUAUGCAUAUUUAUUAUUGACCUCUACAAUAAACAAAGUGUGGUCAGGUUUGUUUUUAAAACUUGAAACGACCUUCGAAUAAAUCUUAAGUUUUUUUUAGCUUGUUUAACUACCAGUCUAGUGACAUUUUGCCCGAGAGUUUUUCAAUGUACUUACCUACUUAGGCAGGUUGUUCUACUGGUUAACUUCUACGAGUUGUAGAGCAUCCUACUCACGCAUUUUGUCCUCAAUCAGACUAGUCGAAGUCGUAUUAAAAUAUGUAGAGCUUUGUAAUGAAUAAGUUUUCCUUGGAAAAUCAGAUUUUAAUUUAUGUUUUGUGUGAAUUGUUUGUUUGUUUAUUUUAAUCGAGAUUUUGUUAGUAUAAUUUUACCGCGUUCGAGACUUAAUUACCUACAAGAGGUUAGAUAUUUUACUGCGAUGAAAUCAGCGCGAUAAGGACUGUUUCGUCCGUCGCAAAUUGCGAGUGUGUGUAUUCUCAAAAUGUUGCGACGUAACAUUAAAUUCUACCCAAUAUUUUUCGGGAUUUUCGUCAUAUUUCUGAUAAUAACCAGAUUUCUAAACGACUCAAAGACCUUUGCUGUAUCAGUGACACCCGAAAGCAUACAACAACAAUCAUCGAUCACGGAAAAUCUUCAGCAGCCAUCAACCUAUUCUGACGAUGACGCUGAAAGGGUUUUAAGAGAGCAGCGCUUGAAGAUUUCGGCGGAGUUGUCCCGGUAUAACGUGAGUGCCGGUGAGGAGCUAUACCUGGAGGCAGGGGGCCGGCCGGUGCGCACCGUGCUGGUGUCGGCCUGGCGCUCCGGGUCCACCUUCCUGGGAGAGAUCCUCAACGCUGUUCCCGGCAACUUCUACCACUAUGAACCGUUGCACAAAUUCAAAAAAAUACAAAUCCGAGGACCGCCGCAAAGCGAUAGCGCCUUGAAGCUCCUGAAGAAUAUGUUAAAUUGCAACUACCAAGAUAUGAACGAUUAUUUUGAAUUUGGUAGAUUGCAUUCGUACCAGCUGACCCAUAAUACGAGGCUGUGGGAGAAUUGUGUGGCGAAGAGGGAGUUGUGUUUGGAUGCGAACUUUACGUCCAGGUUCUGCAAACUAUUCCCUUUCCAUAGUAUGAAGUUAGUGCGUAUGAGGUUGAAGUUGAUGGAGGAUAUCUUACGGGAUAAAGAUUUCCCCAACCUGAAGGCGGUGCUGCUAGUGCGCGACCCGCGCGGCGUGCUGCAGUCCCGGCAGCACGCGUACUGGUGCCGCCCCGCGCCCGACUGCUGGGACCCCGCGCGUGUCUGCGGGGACCUGGUCAGCGACUACCGAGCCGCACAGGACCUGCACGAGAGGUUCCCCGGUAGAGUCACCUGGCUGCGCUACGAGGACCUCGCCCUGGACUACAGCACCCAGACGCGGCGCCUGUUCCGCUUCCUCGGGCUGGACGUGAGCGCGGCUGUGCAGGAGUUCCUCGACUCGCACACUAACCAGCAGGACUCGUACAUCUACUCCACGUAUCGGGUCACCAGCGAGGUGCCCUUCAAGUGGAAGAAGGCGCUCAGCUUCGAGUUCGAUGCGUGUGUCGAAGCGAUGGAGCUGUGGGGCUACCGACCCGCGCACAACCGCAGCCACAUGCAGAGCGAAGACUUCGUGCCCAUCGGCCCCUACCAAGUCAAAUUAUGACCAUUAAAAUAAAUAAACUACGUCCAUAAAAUUAAUAAUGAGUUUGGUAUACUUACAGCAAAUUUACCCCUACUAGUAGUAGUGUCCUAUGAGUACUACAGUAGGUAUAUAGUUGUCUUAGCAGCCACAUCCCAAAUUAUGAGAUUGACCCAUGAUUCAUUCACCUAUUGCUGUUGGCCGGUUGCACCCGUACCGCUAGCUAAAUGUGGCAUCAUUUCACAAUGUGGUAAGUAGUUAAAAUAACGUAAAACAAUAACAGAACCACCAACCCGCACUUGGUCAGCGUGGUGGACUUGGCCUAAACCCUUCCUUCAUUGGAAGGAGACCCGUGCCCCAGCAGUGGGGACGUAAUGGGUCGUGAUGAUGAAUAACAGAACCUUCAAAAAUGCAAACCUCGGAUGGUACUGAUUCUGAGGAGGAAAUAUUGACUCAUGUCAUGUCAACUUGUUCUGAAUGUGCAUUUGAACGCAGUUAACUUUGGCUUGCACAGUUCGCAACAUAGACAUAGUAUGCACAUUAGACUUGGGCUUUUUACUCCAGCACAAUGAAAUCCUUUAUUUCAGUUUCUCCAAUCUGAAGGUGGUGCUGCUCGUCAGGGACCCUCGUGGCGUGCUGAGCUCCCGCCAGACGCACUCCUGGUGCCGCACCUGGCCGGACUGCUGGGACCCCGCGCUCCUGUGUGGAGACAAUGGCCAGCGACUACGUGGCACUACACGCUUGGGCCAAGUUUCCGAACCGACUCACGUUCUGCGGUGCGUUUUGAGGAUCUGGCGCUGAACUACACUCGCGAGACAAGGAGGCUGUUCCAGACCCUCGGAAGGUCCAUGGGGGUGGCAGUGGAGGACUUCUUCAAGGCUCAUACACACAACGCAAGGGACAAAACCGCAUACUCCACCUUCAGGGUGUCUCACAAUGUACCAUUCCAGUGGAUAAAAUACCUCGAUUACCAAUUUGUCAAACAGAUACAGGAGGUGUGUUUGGAGGCGAUAUCCCUGUGGGGCUACCGCGCGGCGCUGAGCGCGGGGCACAUGCGGAGCCGGCACUUCCAGCCCGUCGGCCCGUGUGGCGUCACUCAGGCCGUGCCCGUCAUCUGACAUCGCUACACUGAUGACUUCCUUGCUGUGGUUCUGACUGCGUCAUGCAAGUUAUUGUUAAGAUUUUCUUUGCAAUAUUUAUUAGUAUUUUAUUCUGACGUAUGUAGGUAAGUAAUGUGCUUAUAUAAAUACACCCGUGUUCGCUCGCUCAAUAGGGGUUUUUGCAUAAGUACCUACUGAGUACUACCUGAGGUGGUAUAUAUGGUUCAGGCGGGGAAAGCGCAGAUCUCUUAUGAGAUGAAUUAUUUAUUUAUUAU